UGUUGGCACGCCUGGCCAUCUCGUCUGUCGUCUGCAAUCGGAUCGAAAACAAAACAUUCCAGGAACCUUUCCAUUUCGAGCUCAUUUACUCAUGAAGAAAAGGGCCAAGGAAUCGCCCUUUUCUUCGUUAUGGUGCCAUUAUCGUGAAUUCUAAGGUUAAGGGAUGGUCCAAGGUGCAGAGGCCAAGAUGAAGGGGAGCAGCACCCCAGAGUCGGUGAAGGUGGUUGUCCGGUGCCGUCCCAUGAACGAGCAGGAAACUGCUCAUGGGUACACAAGGGUGGUGGAUAUGGAUGUUGACCGAGGAGUGGUGGAACUCAGAAAUGUGAAGGCACCGGAGACUGACCCCAGAAAAACCUUCACCUUCGAUGCGGUGUAUGACUGGAACUCCAAACAACUUGAACUAUAUGAUGAAACAUUCCGACCUCUCGUUGACUCUGUUUUAUGUGGUUUUAAUGGCACGAUAUUUGCGUACGGGCAGACGGGAACUGGCAAGACAUACACUAUGGAAGGAAUACGAGAUGAUCCAGAUCAAAGAGGAGUCAUACCAAAUUCAUUUGAACAUAUUUUUGACCACAUAGCUCUUAGUAGUAACCAACAGUACCUCAUACGAGCUUCAUACCUUGAGAUAUAUCAGGAAGAAAUUAGGGACUUGUUAGGGAAAGACCAAAAGAAACGACUUGAACUGAAGGAACGCCCGGACACUGGAGUGUACGUCAGGGAUCUGCAGCAGUUUGUGUGUAAAAGCGUUAAUGAAAUCCAACACGUUAUGACUGUUGGUAACCAGAAUAGAGCUGUUGGUGCCACGAAUAUGAACCUUCACAGUUCAAGAUCUCACGCCAUCUUCAUCAUUACCAUUGAAUGUAGCGAGAUUGAUGACAAAGGAAAGAAUCAUAUAAGGGUUGGAAAACUGAACCUGGUUGAUUUGGCAGGUUCUGAGAGGCAGUCUAAGACUGGCACAGUGGGUGAAAGAUUGAAAGAAGCCACAAAGAUCAACCUCUCUCUCUCUGCUCUGGGAAACGUCAUAUCUGCAUUGGUAGAUGGCAAAAGCACUCAUAUACCCUACAGAGACUCAAAACUUACACGUCUUCUACAAGAUUCCUUAGGAGGUAACUCCAAAACCAUAAUGGUUGCCAAUAUUGGUCCUGCUAGCUAUAAUUAUGAUGAGACAAUAACCACUCUCCGAUAUGCCAAUCGUGCAAAGAACAUACAGAACAAGCCAAAAGUGAAUGAAGAUCCUAAAGAUGCAAUUCUGAAGGAAUAUCAGCAAGAACUUGCGAGGCUCAAGGCACAACUUAGCCAGAAGGGAGUUAAGAAAAAGAAGAAAAAGAAAGCUACUGACGAGGGAGAAGAGGAAGAGGAGGAGGAAGACGAAGAUGCAGAUUCUGAGGCUCUUUUGCAACAGGAGAGAGAACUGGAAUUAGAGAAGGAUCGUAUAGUCAAUGACCAGCACAUGAUUGAAGAGCAGGAAAAAGAGCGAUACUUAACGGAAAUCAAGCAUAAAGAAGCUGAGGUGGUGGCAGCCAAAGAUGCCCAAGAGAAGUUACUUAAUCGAAUCAAGACAAUGGAAUCCAAGUUGCUGUGCGGUGGAAAGAACAUUAUUGAUCACACGAAUGAACAACAAAGAGCACUCCACCAGAGAAAACAAGAAAUUUUGGAGCAGAAGAAAAGAGAAAGGGAAAUGUUGCAGUUGUUGGAGAAAGAAGAAGAAUCAUCAUGUGAAAUUGCUUCCACAUUUUCCUCCUUGCAAGCAGAGGUCGAGGCAAAAACAAGAAAGUUGAAAAAACUCUUCGCCAAGUUACAGUCUGUUAAGCAAGAAAUGGCUGACCUUCAUGAGGAAUUCUGCAGGGAUCGCGUUGACCUUCAACACACUCAGAAUGUUCUGACGAGAGAAUUGAAAUUGAAAGCUCUUAUAAUUGAGAACUUCAUUUCUCCGGAGGAAAAGCGUAAAAUCCUUUCUCGGGCAUACUUUGAUGAAGAUGAGGAUGUUUGGAAGGUUCGUCCUGUGGUUCGUCAAACUAGUGGUGGCACCCUGAAAAGACCUGUGUCAUCGGCAUCCCGAAGACCUACUUCUGAGUAUGCAAAAAUGCAGGCAUCUGUGGAUCACAAUCCUAGAUACAAGGGUGAAAAUAUCAUGGUAGUAGAGUUGGAUCCCGCCGUUCGUACAACCAGAGACUGGGAAGGUCCCGUAGUAGCUCCUCGGGUUUCAGCAGCUCUUGAGGCAGCUCUUAGACCUUUGGAUGAAGACUUGAACAUCGAUGCUUCCUUGGCAACAUUGAAUCACUCUCAGGCAGUCAAGUCUACUCGUAAGACAAAGGGAAAGUUGACUCCAAAUGAUGAGAUUGAUGCUGUGAUUAAAAAUAACAAACAAACCAUGAGUAGAAUCAUUCCUGAGAUUCAAGAGUGGGUUGCGCCCCCCUACGCAGUUGCCGGACAGUUCCAUGUACCCAAAAUCCCGAGGUCUGGUUCCAAAGUAACCCCCAAGUCAUGGACUCCCCGAGGCUCCGUUAUGCACCAAGAUGAUUAUGACGAGGAUCCUUGUUACUAUUCUAUGACUCCACAGGAAAGAAUGUAUCAAGAUUCUUCCUUCAGAGAAUCCAGAGAACAUACAGUAGAGAAAGACACUGAAGAUGCCAACUGUAAUGGACUGAAGAAGAAGAAUGUUAUUUCUCAUAGUAGAAAUCCAUCUAUUUCAUCAAGAGUUUCAACUUCCUCUGAGAAAUCAAAAGGAUUUUCUGAGGCACAACUUGUGGAUGUUGAAGAGUUUUCAGUGUUUAACUCUCAGAAAGGAACUCGCUUAAUCCAUGGGCCUUUUGGAGCUCGGCGCACUUGCUAUCACUAUAGGCCUCAAGUCAAACGUUGUCUGACAACAGUUUUUAAAACUUCAUUUAGAAAGGUGCUACUCAGUUGUAGUUGUUGCAGUGAAAACCAACGAGUACCCAUAAAUUGCCCGCAUUCUUCAUCCAGGACUCUUGUUUGCUCUGAAAAUGUUAAUUCUGUUAAUAAGAAAUCGUGCCCUAAACUCUCCCAUGCGAGUAAAAAGUGCUGCCUCAACCGAUUCUGUCAUUAUCCCGUUUUGACAAAAAGUGUGUCAAGGUUGCAGAUGGGAAGUGUCGCUCAGAAAUUCAGUUGCCUUACACGCAAGAAAAGAUUACAGUGGCGAGCAACCAUGCAUCCUUGUGUUUACGAGAGAGUCUUGUGGCGCCUACCGUCCUCACUUUGGAAACAGCUUACAUUGUGCCUCCUGAAUUUUGAGGAUGAUGACUUGCUGCAUUUCCUUACCCCAGUUAUGUUUUCUUUAAGGCGCUUCAGUGGUCUCUCAGAAUCCCGCAUGGUUUAUUCUCUUAGCCGUGACAGCUACGGUGUCACUGAGAGAGCGUGGGAAGACUUAGUGACGGCACUUUGUCUAUGCUGUGUCUUAAUGUUUAUGUACAGAGUGUAUGGAGGUAUAUAUGGUUGUUUAAGUGAAGUAAUGGAUUGGAUUUCAUGGUAGCUUAAGGUUAUUGGCUUCAGGAAGAAGUUCAAUAAAUUGUUGAAGAAUGAAUACUACUUCAUUCUUGGAAUAAGCAAAUAGAUUACGUCAUUUGUUAUGAUGAUUAGUAUCACAAAAUCUAGUAGCUCAUAAGAGGAAUGUUGAAUUAUGGCUGUAACAGCUGUAUGGCUUAAUGAGUAAAUUUGCAUCAUUUUUGUAAUCAAUUUGAGUAAUGGAAACUCUUAUGUUAACUUGUGAUAUGAAUAGAGCAUUUGUUCUGUUUGCUAAUCAAAAUAUUUUUUGUAGACCUGCUAGGUCCUAUCAGGAAGUUUCAGAAAAUUCUCAAUUCAAGAUUAUCUGGUAUGAUGCUGUAUCUUCUGUUAAAAAUCUCUCAAACAUUCAAUGGUGAAGUUCUUUUCUUUGCAGUGUCCUUUCUUCCUACAAAUUUGUCACCAGAUGCAUUGCUCUAUACUUAUACCAUUAUGUCCAACAUUUUUUGCCAUGAAUUCUUGUAACAUGCCUUGCUUUAUGUGAGUCUCAUUGCCAUUGUGUAUUCUUAAGUUGUCCCUGUGAUUUUGAAACUCGAGUUAUGAAAUUAUAUUUUCUUUGGAAGGCCACAAACUACAUGGUGCUUGUGAUUGCGUUUAACCAGACUAACAACAUUGCCGGUGAAUCAGUUUUUGUUGUUGUUUGUUCUGCUUCUUUAUAUUUCAGUAUUAAAAAUGGUGCUUAUUUGACUAGAAACAUUAUAUUUAUUUUGUUACCUAACUAUGAUGCUCUCUUGGAGAUUUUUCUUAUUUAAAUUAAUACCAGCAGGAAAAUUAUUUUUAUUUUUAUGAAUUGUUACAAAGCAAAAAUCAGGUGAAUUCCAGUGUAUACUACAUUUUAAAAGCGUUGCUAAUUCUAUUAAAAUAUCUAGGAUAUACCGGUAGAUGUAAGGGAGUAACACCAUCAGUUGCUUGUGUUUUUACUUACUAUAGAACAAUAUUCUAUGUUUAAGAAAUCAUUUAUGAUGUAGCUUUAAGAUCAGUGCAUUUAGAGCAUAAUGUAAUUCAGUGUUUCAAGAGGUUUUAGUUUUGUCUCAAAAGAGGAACCUUGUAUUUUGUGUUCUGUCCUUGACAACUGUGGUGGUCUCAAGUUCUCAUAUGGUAAGGACACAUUCAAAGCAUUCAUGUUUUUAGAAUCAUUGUAGCACAUAUAGCGAAUCAUAGUCACGGGAAGUGUUCUGUAGCAUGUUGAAAAUUGCUUUUAGGCUUAUAAAAACAAGGUAAUGUUUCUAAAAAAAAAAAAAAUUAAUUUUUGCUCAUGGUAUACAUAGAUUACAAAAGGUGCUACAUUGCAUUAGGAUGAAAACAAAGCUUGAAAUGAAAGUUGAAGUAAAACAUAAAUUGAGUACGGUACAUUGCAUGACAUGAAGAGGAGUGAGGUUUUUGCAAUAAAAAUAGUUGAAGGAUAAAUCGGAUGGAUGAAUUAUGGUGCGGUUUUUAUUUUGCAAAGAAUACAUUUUACUCUGUCACUGCUGCUGAGUGUGGAGGUUUGAUGACCAUGAUUGGUGAAUAUGAUGCCAUUCCCAGAAUCACUGCACCCCACUCGCACGAAAAUAUGAUUUACAUACCCUGAUCUCUCUGUCUCUCUCUCGCUUGUUUUACAAUUUGUGCACAUUUUGUGUAUUUCAGGUAUCAAAGAAAACUAUUCUAUUUUUUUAUAUGCACAUAACCUUAGUUUCUAUGUGUUUAUGUUUUGAUUUUUUUUUUCUCUCAGUUUUUGCAUAUCUGUGAUAUUAUGGACUUGAGCUCCUAUAGUGAUGGGAGCUGCCCGGCCUGCCUGAAUAUUAUGAGAAAAAUGGAAAAAAAUAGAAAGUUUUUCUAUCGAAUAUAAAUGAAAAAUAAGUGAUUUUACAUUGUGACAUCCUGUUCUGGAAUAUUUUCCCAGUUUUUUUUAAAUCUUUGGAUGAUUCUUUAUUGCAUGCAAUUAAAAGUAUGUUUGUAGCUAAAAAUAGCUCGUUUGUUAAUUCUGAUGUUCUUUGUGAUGUUCAGAAUUGGCUCUCCCCUUUUGUAUUGGGUAGCAAUCCUAGCUUGGUCAGGUCAAAGCAGUACAGUAUUUGUAUAUUAAACUUGUAAUUGUGAAGACUUGACUGUGUAUAUAUUAUUGUGCUUGCUUUGACAAAAGUAUAAUCUUCUAGAGCAAUGUACAGUAUAAACAUAGCAGUACUUGCUCCUUGGAGUUUUAUAUCAGUGUAGCGCCAUAUUCAAUACGUAAAUGCGCCAUAUGAUGAUUUUUCUGUGAGGUGUAAUGACUCCAUUAGUAGCUCUAGUUCUUUGUCUUUCUCUCUCUCUCUCUCUCUCUCUCCCCCUGUCUAAUCUAUCUCUGAAUCUCCUGUUGUUCUGAUUGAGUAUAAUUAUUGGCCUUCAUUACGAGCGAUAAUCCUGGUUUGUAUAUUUGAGUUACAUGUCCUGCCAAAUAAAGCAAUCCAUUGUAUCAGUCAUAAGUGGAGCUGGAAUUUCGUAGACGAUGAAUAAUAAUAAUAAUAAAAAAAAACUAAUUUCUCACGGGGUUGACACUGGCAUUGUUCAGAAUUUAUUUAUAUUGUAUGAAUGGCAAUUAUAGUGAAAUGCCUGUGACAGGGAUGAAUCUUGUAUUAUAUACAUACAUUAUAAAUAUAUAUAUAUAUAUAUAUACUGUAUAGACUGUACAUGAGUAUCUCUGUUUUAAAGAGCAGUGCAGUGCAAUGACACUAAACUUAUCACGUCUGAUGUGAGAUAAUAAUAAUAAAUUGGCUUUUACAUAUAUCUUGGUGUAGAAUAUAUUUUGGGAGGGAACUAUUUAAAUUUCUUGAACAAUACAGCAUGUGCUAGACAACCGUAUGAUAUAAUACCGCAUGUAGUACGUAGCAGACCAGUUUUUGGGUCCAAGAUUGAGAGUAGUGCUAGCUUUUGUGAGGAAAGUAUGUAAAUGUCUAAAAAGGUUGGUUACUUGGAGACUGCAUGCUGACUUAUUUAGGUUGUCUAAGUAUACUGUGUUGGAAUGGUUAGCUGGAAGAAAGUUUCUUAGUGCCCAAAGUGCUCAUGUGUGUUUUUUUUCCUGUUAUUAAGAAAAAAGAAAAUGAAAUGUUACUGGCUUUAUUUUUAUAUAUAAUAUAUUUGAAUAUGUAAGCACUUAUAAAUUUGGUAGUUUGGAAAGCAAUACACAAACAUUGAUUAUUCAUAAGGUACAUAGGAAAAAGUUGUGCAAUAUUGAUAUUUAGUCAUUUGGUGUGUGCAAUAGAUGUAAUUUUUGAAAAAUUGUCAUUCAUAAAUUAUUUCUCAUCAUUAUAAAAUAGUUUUAUUCAUGUCAGACAAUUUUUUUUUUUCAAUUUGGUAGAAUUUUUGUUUGGUUGAGCAAGAAAGGGUGUUAGGUUUGCUACAAGAAAAAUAUUUGAAUUACUAUUAUACUGUGUCACACUAUAGUCAAAUAAAACUGGACAUGAA